AUGUCGAUUGGUGAAGAAUCAGAAGAAUCAUUAACAUCAUUAACUGAUGAUGAACAAGCAACUAUAAUAAAUAUCGAUGAAAAUGAUGAUGACGAUAGUUUUGAACGUCAUCAAUAUGAUCAACAUGAUAAUGAUCAUGAUUUUAUUCCAUUUUCAGCUCGUGGUGUACCACCUGAUGAAUUACAAGCAACUCAUAUAAAUCAUUAUCAUGAUUUAAAUCGUGUUAAUAUUGAAAAUCGAGAUUUUUCAAUAACACGUCCAUCACAAUCAUGGUUAGCACAAAAUGGUUUAAUACCAAAUGGUCUUACAUUAAAAGAUUUAUUAACUAAAGGUAAAAUUUCUUUACCAACAAGUGAUAAAACAGGUCGUGCUAUACAACAUAUUACAUUUGAUUCUUUAAUAAUAAAUGAUUUUGAAUGUCGUUUACAUACAAUAAUUGAAACAUUAUCAAAUCGUAUUCGAUGGUUAUUACAAAAUAGUCGAAAAGUUUUUGGCGUUGUACAAGGUGCACGUGUACUUGUUAUAUUAGAUUUUAGUCAAGGACAAGCAAGUUUUGGACGUGGUGAUGAAUAUCAUAAAAAUUUAUUAGAAUUAAUUAAUGAACAAUUAAUUUAUAAAGAUCAAUUAGGUUUUAUUGCUUAUAGUACUGAUAUUGAUGCUUUAUGGAAUGGUGUACGUGAUGUUAAUUCACGUGGACUUGAUGAAAUACGUGCUUGGUUAGCUAAUUUAAAAUCAUCAUUUGGUUGUAGUGAUGAAAAUUGUACACAUCUUGAUAGUACAUGUCCAAAUAAUAAUAGCAAAUGUGCAUUUAAAACCAAUAGUGGUAGUAAUUUAUUAAAAGCUUUACGUCGUAUAUCAUUGAUGUCUGAUUUUGAUACACUUUUACUUAUUGUUGGAAGUUUACCUGAUCAAAAUAUUGAUAUUAUUGCUGAUUAUACAUCACAAUUAUUUUGUGGACAAGAUUUACCACAUAUACAUGCAGUAUCCUAUGAUUGUAGUCAUCAUCUUGUAAAUGCAUUACUUAAAACUAUGACGGCAUCUGCUAGUACUUUUGCUUCAUUAGCAUCAGCACGUAAUCGUACAGAACCAACAUCAAAUGCACUUGUACCACAUAAUCCAUUAAAUUCAUUACAAAAUCUUACUAAUGAUAUUCCAGAAAUCGUUAAGCAUACAUAUCAUUGUUAUUCACAUGAUGAACCACGUCAAAUCUAUAAUAGUACAGAUAUUCGUCUACUUGUACGUGAAAUUCAACGUGCUUAUGAUCUUUUAUCACGUAUUAAUGAAAUGCGUCAUGGUGCACUUGGUUCAGCACUUAUAUCAAUUGAAAAUGAGCUAAAUCUUGAAUUGUCACGUUAUCCACAAUCAAAAUUUCUUCCACGUCCACCUAAUCAUGAACAACCACUUUAUUUUCCUCAACAUUUUAUUGAACAAUCACCAAUUAUAUAUGUUCGAAAAUCACGUGGUUUAACAAGUUCAACAACAGGACGAACAUCAUCACGAUCACAAGGAAAAAUAUCAAAUGUUCGUUUUAAUGAUACUGUUAGUAUUGCUGGUCGUUCAGUUGCAUCAUCAUAUAAAUCAGCUAGUGCUUCAAUUAGAAAUCGCGAUACAAGUACAGGUAGACAACAACAACAACAACAACAAUCAUUACCUAUUUUAUCAAGUAAUAAUCCAGCUGUUUAUCGUACAUCAGCUAAUUGGCUUUCUCAACAUGGUUUAUUUGCUAAAAAAUUAACAUUAUUUCAAGUUCUUGCACCAAAUGCUUAUUCUCCAUGUGAAGAUUAUAUACCUAUACUUGGUAAAACUGUUACAUCUCAAGUACAUGAACGUGCUAUGGUUCAAGUUGAUUGGCAUGAUGGUACAACAAAAAAUGUUCAUGUUGAUCUAUCAGGUUUAUAUGAAUAUCAAAAACGUUUAAAAAAUUUAGUUGAGUUAUAUGAACAACGUAUGGAAUGGUUAUGUUCAUCAUCUCGAAAAAUAUUUGGAAGUAUUGUAGAAAAUAAUAUUAUUUUACUUGUUGAUUGUUCAUUAGCUAAUCGUGAUUAUAUUAUACAUAUACAACAUUCAUUAAGAUUAUUACUUGAACAACAAUUAUUUGGUAGAAAAUUUUUUAAUAUUAUUGCAUUUGGUACAAAUCAUAAAGAUGGAUUAUUAAGAUUUAAACCAACAAUGGUACAACCAACUAUUGAAAAUCUUCAACAUGCUUGGCAAUGGGUAUUAACAUUAAAUUGUGGUGGUACUCGUAAUCUUCUUAAUGCUUUACGAGCAAUUUAUGAAAAUGAAGAAGAACGUAAACAUCAUUUAUAUCCUGAAGGUAUUUAUUUAUUAACAAGUGGUAUACCAGAUCAAUCUCUUGAUGUAUGUUGUGCAUAUGUUGAAGAAUGUAAUGUUGGUAAAUCAAUUUAUUUACAUACAAUAUUAUUUAAUAUUGAUGAUUAUUAUUUAUCUGAACAUGUUAUACAAUCAAAUAUAUCUAUGAAUGUAAAUGGUCGUUGGGCAAAUGCAACAAAAACAGCUGAAUUUAUGCGUGCAUUAGCUAAACAUUCAGGUGGAAGAUUUUUAUGGUUUCGUGAAACAGGUAUUAUUGAAAGUGAUGAUAUUAAAUUAUUACAAAAUGAAAUUGAUAAAGCAUGUCAAUUUUCUGAACAAGCUGCAAAUCUUGUUGAAAUAGUUAAAUCAAAACGACGUAUACGUGAAACAAUAAAUUUAAAUCAAAAACUAUUACCUAUUGAACAAACAGAAAAAAGUUCAGGACCAUUAGUUGUUCGUCAAACAUUAUUAAGUGCUGCUAGACAAAAUAUAUUUAAUUUAAAUAAUAAUACAGAUGAACAACAUUGGAGACCAACAAGUACAAAUAAUAAUAAAAAUUUAAUACCAGAAUGGCCUGAUGAUAAAAUUCAUCAAGAUAUAACACAUUCAAGAAGAAAAAGACAAUCAACAUUAAAACAAGAAUCAUUUUAUUUGGAUAGUCAAAAUAAUACAAAAUUUUCAGUUAUUAAAAAUGAUUCAUUAAAUACAUCGACAACAAAAAAUAAAUCUAUUAGAAAAUAUUCACCAGGAAAUUUAGUACUUAUACCAACUAAUGAUGAAAAUGAAACAUCACAAACAUGGUUAAGAAAAUAUUCACUUAUUCGAUUGAAACUUGAUCUUCAUAAAAUGGUGUCUGGACCCGAAUGUAAGUAUACGAAAAAAUUUGCUGAUUAUUUUCAAUCGAUUGAAAUAAAGAAAUAG